CCAACCCAAAACACGCGUCUUGAUUCCCUCCAUAGUCUCCAGCUCCAGCCCCGACCCGGCCGACCGCCGCCGCCGCCGCCGGAGCUCCAGUCCGCCGUCUAACGCCCCCCCUAGCGCAGCAUAAACUCCAGUGGCACAAACCCCUGGGUACCCAACCACCAACCUCGCUAAACCCCAUCCCGCUUUUUUCUUUCCGCCGGCGCUAGGGUUCCGGCCGUGAUUCGCCGGCUUUGGUUGGUUCUCCCUUCCAGGGGCGCAAGCCUCCUGACCGGGCAAGAUGUCGACGACGGCCACGAAGAAGAAGAGCAACUACAAGGAGAAGAUGGCGCGCCGGAAAGAGGAGAACAAAAAGGAAGAACCAGAGACGCCCAGGUACCGAGAUCGUGCUAAGGAGCGCCGUGAAGAUCAGAACCCAGACUAUGAACCUACAGAGCUUGGUUCGUUUCAUGCUGUGGCACCUCCUGGAGCUCCUGGAGCAGAUUUGAGGCUAGCGGAUGCCCAGAAGAUCUCAAUCGAGAAAAGCAAAUAUCUUGGAGGUGAUUUGGAGCAUACUCAUUUGGUCAAAGGGUUGGAUUUUGCUCUACUAAACAAAGUGCGAAGUGAAAUUGACAAGAAGCCUGAUGCAGAGGACGGGAAGGAUGCAAAGGCUAGGGAAACAAAAGAGGACCGGGCAAUCUCAUUCCGCACUGCAAUUGCAAAGUCUGUCUACCAAUCCAUCGUAAAGUCACAGAGCACGCCGAAGGCAAAUGAGAUGUUUCUUCCUGGUCGGAUGGCAUUUAUUUACAAUAUGGAGGAUGGACUUAUUACCAAUGAUAUUCCAACAACUCUUCACAGGAGCAAAGCUGAUUGCCCUGUUCCAGAGGAAAUGGUUACUGUCAGCGUGGAUGGUUCUGUACUUGACAGGAUUGCGAAAAUUAUGUCAUACCUUAGACUUGGAUCAUCAGGGAAGGUCUUGAAGAAGAAGAAAAAAGAGAGGGAUGCAAAAGGAAAGAAUAAUUUGGCAGGCAGCGACUACAAUGAGGGAGUAAGACCUCCCCAAACUAAUGGUUCUGCUCCUAAACACCAUUUAGACAAGGAAAUGCUACCACCUCCACCCCCACGAAAGAGUAACUUCAAAGAAAAGGAGAAACAGCCUGCCCCUAUUGCUAGGGCAGAUGAUGACGACAUAUUUGUUGGAGAUGGAGUUGACUACACUAUUCCUAACAAGGAACUGAGUCAUAGCCCCAUCUCUGAAGAUAUGGAUGAGUCCCCACAUAACCAUCAGAAUCAGUCACAUUUGACUGAACCUGUGUAUGGUCCUAUUCAACCAUCUGAACCUGCUCAAGCUUGGCAACAAGUGGGUGGUUAUGAUGCUAUUCAAGCCCAAAUGGCUGCUGCUGGAUAUCAAGGCGAGUGGCCAGGCUAUCAGUAUGCUGAACAGCAGCUGGCUUAUCCGGAACAGUACAUGCAACAGGGUGCUCUGGGAUAUGAUGUAUUAGCUGACCCAGACAUACCCCAGGAUCCAAGGUUGAUGACUCAAGCAGACAAGGAUAAGGGUCUAGGUUCUGUUUUCAAACGUGACGAUGACAGGCUUAAGCAGCUAAGGGAAAAAGAUGCACGGGAGAAGGACCCUAAUUUUAUUUCAGAUAGUUACUCCGAGUGUUAUCCUGGUUAUCAGGGUUAUAAUCAAGAGAUUGCAGGGAGUGAUGAUGAAGAUGAUUUGUCGAAGAUGGACAUGGGUGGACGGGCGAAGGGCCGUCUUCACCGGUGGGACUUUGAGACGGAAGAGGAGUGGGCGAAAUACAACGACCAGAAGGAAGCCAUGCCGAAGGCGGCGUUCCAGUUCGGGGUGAAGAUGCAGGACGGCAGGAAGACGAGGAAGCAGAACAAGGACCAGAAGCUCAACAACGACCUCCACAAGAUCAACAAGAUCCUGGCGAGGAAGAAGGGGGACAAGGACGGGGGCGAAGGACACUAUGACGAUGAUCUGCCUAGCGUGAAGAAACAACGCGCUUGAUCUUCACCAGUUGCUGCCCCCUUAGUUUUCGGUCUAUCCUGUCAGAAUUGUAAAAUGGCCAUGCCUUUUCUUUUGAGCUGAAACACUGGUGAUCGAUUUGUAAGCUAGCUCAAUGUUGUUUAUGAAUGCAUUGGUAAUUUAUCUCUGUUAUUGAAGCUGUCUUCCAUCUCAUUUGUUGUA